AUGCAAGAUGACUUUGCCCUUUCAAUGAGAGCUUGGAGCUGGUGUCACACCAAUACGUUGUGGACGGGGACCCAACUCACAGUGUCAGCUAGAGGUGAUCACAGGUGUUGCAGAAAAGGUGUCGCUGUAGCAGCCAGAGGCACAAUCCCAAGGCCAGGCGAGCAGCACCAGUGGCAGAGGUGCUGCAACAAGCACCAGAGCAGCAAAAGGCGCAGAAUCCUUUAUGCGGGAGGCAGAAGCAGCGACCAGAUGCCAGAAGAUCACAAGCAGUGGACAGCUCUUAGAGGUGGCUGGACACAGCAGCUCUGGACAGCCUGCUCUGAACACGGGCCAGUCUUCCAGCCUGUGUUGACUAGUCUUCCAGUCACGACCUUGACAUUUCUUGUCUCAAAACCUCAUGCCUUAGGGGUCUCCAGCAAGAUAGAAAGGGAAGAAGAUGGGAGACUGCAGCUUCUGUUGCAGGGUGCUCCAGGAUUAACUUUUAGAAGAAAACUAGAGACCCCGAUAUGCUCCCCCUUUCUCUCCAAGUUCUUUGCCAUAGAAGGAAAUGUCUUUAUAGCCACCCAAACAAAGCUGUUUUUUGCUCUAGCAAGAAUCAGUAUCUUUAUCUUCAAAGCCAUCUGCUAUACAAAUAUUCUUGUCCCUGUCUUAGCUGUUCCUGCAGCCUUCCGUGGAUGGGACAGGGAAUCUGUAAUCCCCCUUUCUAUGGGCAUCACAGGCUUAGAGCCCUUUCUCAGCGCAGUAACAUCUACUGGUCUUCCUGCUUGCAUCUGGUCUCCUUGCAGUGUCUCAGCAAGGAAAAGACUCGUCAACAUUGUUCUCAUUGGACAUGCUGAGUCCAGCAAGUUUAACACUACUGGUCAUCUGAACUACAAAUAUUGUGGCAUUGACAAAAGAGCCAUUGAACAUUUUGAGGAGAAGGCUGCUGACAUGGGCAACUGCUACUUCAAGUAUGCUCGAGUCUUGGAUAAACUAAAAACUGAACAAGAGUGUGAGAUCACCAUCUAUAUCUCUCUGUGGAAAUUCAAGAGCAUGAAUUAUGUGACUAUCAUAGAUGUCCCAGGACACAGAGACUUUAUCAAAAACUGUCCUGUCCUGAUUGUGGCUGCUGGUGUUGGUGAAUUUGAAAUCGGAGUCAUAGGUAAACUUACGAGAAUUUCCUUCUGCCUUAUACAAUAGGUAAUUGUUGUUGUUAAUAAAAUGGAUUCCGGGCCCUCCCAGCCACCCUACAUCCAGAAGAGACACAAGGAAUUUAUUAAAGAAGACAAUACCUUCAUUGAGACUGGUGUUUUAAAACCUGCUACAGUGGUCACCUGUGUGCCAGUCAAUGUUAUAAGUGAAGUAAAAUUUCUUGAAAUGCACCAUGAAGCUCUGAGUGAAGCUCUUCCUGGGAACGAUGUGGGCUUCAAUGUCAAGAAUGUUUCUGUCAAAGAGAAUGUGGCUGGUGACAGCAAAAAUAUGACCCCAAUAGAAGCUUCUGGCUUGACAGCUCGGGUGGUUAUGCUUAACCCCAGCCAAACCAGCACUGGAUAUGCAUCUGUGCUGGAUUGUCAAACUGUUCAUAUAGCUUGCAAGUUUGCUGAGCUAAAGGAGAUUGAUCGUCAUUCUGGGAAAAAGCUGGAAGAUGGCCCCAAAUUCUUGAAAUCUGGUUUUGCUGCCAUAGUUCGUAUGGUUCCUGGCAAGCCUGUGUGUGUUGAGAGCAUCUCUGACUGUCCUCUUCUGGGCUAUUUUGCUGUUCGUGACAUGAGACAGACAGUUGCUGUGGGUGUCAUCAAAGCAGUGGGCAUGAAGUGGAGAAGACGGACCUCUUCGCUAGGUUUCCCUAAAAUCAUCAUUUACUCAUCUGACAUUAAUAGCAUACAUAGCAUGGAUUGUAUGUCUGCCCAGGGGGUUUCUGGUGACAAAAAGGAGUGCAUGACCAUUAGUGUUUUACAACAGAUUGCUCGUAUUCAUUUAUCCGUCCACUGGGAAUUGGUGAAGCAAGAACUUUCUACCAUAGUGUGA